AAUCCUAUCCUAAACGCGUAAAAAAUAGUUUUUAACUCUCUGCGACUGAUACUAUAAAUAGUCCCGCCUAUUAAACCUUCAGACUCGAAACGAAGUUUUGUUGCUCUUAAAUCUUACUCUUGCCCACGCAGAUGAUCAUUUUAAGAUCUUUUUCCAGAGUGGAACAAGUAUCAAAGGUUUCAAAUGUUAUUUAUGAAUUACCAAAGCUUGUAAGCUCAUUUCAGGGUUCCAAUUACUAUGACAAAGUUUGUUUGAGGAAAAUGGGGGAUAUGAAGGAUGUAGUGAAUGCAAUGGAUCAGAGCAAGAAGAGGAGAGCUGUGACAACAGUUUGGAUGCCGCUCAGUGCUCACUUGAGUUCUUCGGAAGGUGGCCUUGUUAAUGAUGCAAAGUUCUACAGUGGAGGCCCAGUUGAAACAGUAGUUCCAGUCAAAUCAGUAGUUCCAGUUGAAACACUAGUUCCAGUUGAAACAGUAGAUCAAAAUUUGGAAUCGAGUGCUAGAGAAACAGUUGAUAGUAACAUUUAUAUUUCUGUAUCUGAGAGUCAACAUUCCAAUCAGGGCACUAAAUCUUAUAACAAGGGGAGCAAUUUAUGUUCCAACUACCUAGAGGACGAUCUGGACAUCGUGGGGUCAGUUCAGUCAAUUACUGAGGCUUCAAAGCAGUCAGUUCCUGUUGAGGUUGACACGCCUUUGAUACGCUUCAUUAAAGGAAAAGGGGGAAAUACACAAAAGCAAAUUGAGAUGGAGACUGGAGUAAAAAUCAAAUUUCCAUUGUCAAAGGAGGAGACAUCAAUUGUGAUCGAGGGUGUUUCGGUUGAAAAUGUGACCAGAGCUUCAGAGAAGAUAAAAACUAUUCUUGGGGAGGCAGUUAAGAGCCCAAGUCUUGAUUACUCCCAUUUCAUAUCUCUUCCUUUGGCAGUCCACCCUGGACUUGUAGAAAAGCUACAGAGUUUUCAGAAUUCAAUAAUGGGAAAUUUAAAUAAUAAUCAAGGUAAACAAGGGUGUGAUUCAAAUGAAGGAACAUCAGAUGAAGAAGAUUACGAUGGCCCUGUUGGUGGAGAUUCUUGUGUUGCUGUUAAGUUGAAGGUUCAUAACAAUGAUGAGCCCGUUAAAAUGAAGAUAGAGGUGACAGAUGCAAGUGUUGAUCCUAGGGUACCUCAAUCCUCAUUUUUAUCUGACUUGGGAAUCUAUAAAUCCAUAUUUAUCAAGCCAAAAACAUUUCAUUUGACUGUUCUCAUGCUUAAAUUGUGGAAUAAGGAACGCGUUGCUACAGCUGCUGAGAUUUUACAGAAAGUCUCUCCAAAAGUGAUCAAAGCUUUGGAAGGCCGUCCUAUUUCCAUCAAGUUGAAAGGGUUGGAGUGCAUGAAAGGUUCACCUUCAAAAGCCCGUGUUUUAUAUACUCCAGUUGAGGAGAUUGGUGGCGAGGGUCGCUUGAUGCGGGCUUGUCAAGCCAUUAUUGAUGCCUAUGUGGAAGCUGGCCUUGUUCUCGAGAAGGAUGCGUGCCAAAAGUUGAAGCUGCAUGCGACAGUCAUGAAUGCAAGGCAUAGGAAAAGGAAGAGGAUAACGAAAAAGUUCGAUUCCUUUGAUGCUUGCGACAUUUUCAAACGAUAUGGGUCUGAAGAGUGGGGUGAGUUUGUGAUUGGUGAAGCGCAUUUAUCGCAGAGGUUCAAGUUUGAUGAAAGUGGCUACUAUCAUUGUUGCGCUUCAAUUCCCUUCCCUCAGAGCCUCGAAGAUUAAUAGUUCUUUCGUUUUCUUUUUCUUUUUAUUUACAUGUUCAAUAAGUGUUUUAAUUGGGUAGUUUUUGAAUUAGGAUUUUUUGUCUCUCUUACUGUAUGGAUUGUUAAUCAGAUUAUGCAAUUAUUUUA